AUGCGUCAUGCAAAUGAACAUCGACAAGAAUUAGUCAAACAGAUGGAUGAAAAUGUUAUUUAUUUUUAUGAUCAACUAAGACAGAAUUUCGAUGAACAAAUGGAAAAAUCUUCUGAUCAUCCAUUGAUGAAACAGAUUGAUCAAUGGGAAGAAAAUUCUAUUGAAAAAAUUCAUCAAAUAGCCAAUGAUGCUCGAAAACAAUUAUUAAAUAUAAUUGAGAAACAUAUGGACAAAUUUAAGAACGAUUUAGAAUAUCUUAGACAAGAGUUAAAGAAAGCUCGUGAUGAUGAGCAUUUUUUUGAAAAUGAUUUGAACAAAUGGAUGAUAAAACUCAAUGAAUUAAAAAAUGAUUUAAUAAUACCACAAACAAUUAAUAUUAAUUAUGAUAACAAUACAACUCCAUUUAUAUCGAAAAUAAUUAUCAAAGAAACAACAGAUAUGCUAAAUGAACGCUUUGAACAAUCUUUUGGUGAUAUAAUUAUUUCAGAUAAUGGUACAAUUGCUACUCACAAUACAAGUUCUUAUUAUGCAUCAGUACGUGGCAAAUGUGAAUAUACAUCAGGAAAACAUCAAAUUCGUUUUCAAAUUAAGCAUUUAAGUAACGAAAGUUGGGCUUUUUUUGGAAUUUGCUAUAAAGAUACGACUGCUACAGGAUGCGGUUCAAUAGGCAAAACGGGUUAUGGCUUCUCCGGACAAGAUAAUGUAUGGCAUCAUGGUUCUUCCAAGAAAGAAUUUAACGGUUAUAAAAGCGAAUUUGAAAUCAAUGAUAUUAUUGAAUUACUUAUUAACUGUGAUCAACGAACAAUAAGUUUAACAAAUCAACGAACGCAUAAAACACAUAGUUUAGACGUUGAUAUCACAAAUUGUCCUUUACCAUGGAAAUUGACUGUUGGAUUUUAUUUUUCACCUGGUGAUUCUAUUUGUAUCUUGAAUUAA